UCCGGUGCUUGACCGCUUGUCACUGCACUUGUUCAUUUGCGUGCCCAUCCUAAAGUCAUGGAUUAGGCCGUUGUCUGUUUGUUCACCAAAAUUGGUUCAAAUACAGCGCAGUUACGACAGUGAGUGGACUUUAUUGAGGUAUAGCAGGUACAUCGUCAUCAUAGAUUAGGAAGCCAGUCAAGAUCUCCACAUUCACCUUCAUUCACAUAGAUAACCUGGUCCUCCAUAGCACACUGCAGAAUGGGAUCCAGACAGGGUGAUAUACCAGCACUGGAGUCUGGUGUAUCUGGGGGAUUCUUUGGGGGGUUCUCGUCCCCCAUUGGUAUGUCCAGACGAGCCUUUAGCUAUGACGAGGCCCUGGACGCUCCCAUGCACUCCCCUCCCCCUGACAUGUGUGUCAACAACCCAUGGAAGGACCCUCUCAUCCCACAGAGGAAGUUCAAGAGGAUUGUUGAGGAGGACGAGAGUGGCACUGGGAAGACACUGAACUUGUCUGCCAGUCAGUUUAACGUGGCAACAACAGCAGCACCGGUCAAGUCCCCUGUCCCCGUGGUCAAGGCCAAAGCCUCCUCGCUCAUGAACACACUCAUGAUCAAGCAGACCCAGGAGAGCCUCCAGAGGUUUGAGCUCCAGGCAGGGCUAACAGAAGCUGGCUACACCCCCCACAAGGGCCUCUCUGCAGAGGACACACGAUUCCACCGCCUGGCUGAGGGGCAGAUGCCUAAGCUGAGAAUGCCAAGCGGGGACUUCAAGGAGGACAGGCUUUCGACAUCAGCACAAUCCACCCCUUGUGGCACCCCUUCCGGGACCCCCUCCGUUACCCCCAGCGUCAGUCCCCACGCCUCACCGAUACUCAACCGCAGGAGCUGGUUCAACAGCCUGAGUCCAGCACCGUUUCUCACCACACCGGAGCUCGGCAGUCCUAACUUCAGCCCAGAAAUGGGAGGCAAUGAGGGAGGAGGAGCAGGAGGGGAGAGGUGGAGCUUCUUUGGAACUUCUCGCCCAGUAGUACAGAAGUCCUCUACUGACCCUGGUUCAGAAACCAACACAGGCUUCACACUACAGUCGUACUUUGGCGUGCCAAAGUCCAACACCAUGGAAGGCAUUAAGACCCAGGUCAACCUCAUGGUGGAUGACCCCGCCAAGUUCAACCCCCCCAAGAUCGAGAUCAGCGGCAUCGAGGGCAAGAGACCCCCCCAGACUCGCCCACACAAACUCAAACCCCGGGACAUGAACGUCCUGACACCGUCAGGAUUCUGAUACCCCCAGGAGCCCCUUCUCCUGAAUUCUACCGACCCUCGCCCCCCGUCGCCCCCUGUCGGCCAGUAGCUGGUCUACUACCCUCCUCUGUCUUCUCGGCCUCUAUGGAAGCCCUGAGACGGAGAAAAUGGAGAAGCUACAGAACUUUCCCCCUAUUCCCUAAACCUUACUGUUCUACCUGACCCUAUUCCUGCUGAUGGUGAACCUACUAUAGACAUCUCCCUCUUUAGGGCCAACCCUCCUUGGUCCAAUUAAAGCACCAAAUGGAGUAUUUCCAACCACCUCGCCUCAAGAGGGUCACUUCUUCAGUUUCUGGGUGCUUUGGCAUAUGGUGCCCGGUUGCCAUUGUCGUCUGCGAUGUCAUGAGGUUGAAAUGGUGGUUUUGAUGUCUCAUGAGUCACUGAAUCAGUACCUGGGCUUGAGGAGACCGUGAUGUCUCAUGAGUCACUGAACCAGUACCUGGGCUUGAGGAGACCCUGAAUAUGACGAGAUCUUCUCUGACGCUCAGGAUCCUUCAAGUCAAAGUCCCAUUAACCGGCUCUGCAAAUGUUAUGUCAAAAUACAUUCUGUACUCACCACAAUAUGGCGUUUCGCAGAGCAACUAUCGUCGUUACUGCCGUUACGCAUGGCGUUUACCUCCUAAAAAUGUGUUUCGGGAUACUGUACUGCUGCUGGAUCAGCCGACCUGUGUGUGGCAGUAAUGAGUCAUUGGAUUUGGCGCAUGCGCAUUUGGUCAAAAACUAUUAUUUUUUACCUUUUUUGAAAGUACAUACUGUGCGUAACGGAAGGAUGGAGAUAGUUGCUCUGUGAAACGUGAUAUUGUGGUGAGUACUGAAUGUAUUUUGACAUAACAUUUGCAGAGCCAGUUAAUGGGACUUUGAAUUGAAGGAUCCCGGGCGUCAGAGGAGAUGUUGUCAUAUUGUCUCCUUAAGCAGAGGUACUGGUUCAAUCAGUUCCCUGCUCUGACUGACAAAAACCGCCAUGGUUCAUUAUAUUGAACUCCCUCUCGCUAAAAGCACUACAGCCCCCAGCCAAUGCAAUUUCACUCUAGACUCCAUCACCUCUGACAGUCUUAUGCUUUUGUAGUUUGAUAGUUUUGUAUAGUUAUUUUGGGGGGGGAGCAGUGAGUGUGGUAUUACUGAUGUUGUGCCUAAGCUUGCUUCUGACGUCUGCCAUAUCAGUUGACUUUUUAUUUGACAGUCUUAGUACUAUUACUUAAGUUAGUUAUUGGAUGAGAGCGUGGCUACUGCUAACCUGGAAUUUAAAAAAAUAAAUAAUAAAAAUCCAGAUAUUAUGUUAUUGCUAUUAAAUGGUGUGUUAUGAUAUUUCCAUAUACAAGUCUGUAAUGCUUUAAGAAUAUAUUGAUAUGAAGGCCUAUGCAUUGAAGUAGUCAUUUGAAAUGUGUUUUUUAUAUUAACUAUUACUUUAGAAUCAAUGCUGUUUUUGCAAGAUGUUUAUGAAUUCCAAUAGUUCGUUGCACAAGGGAUCGCUUUUCCCACUGAAUUCAGCUGUAAAUAAACUCAACACAAACGAAAUGAC